UUGAACCAGUGCCUGGUUCGGUAUCAGUCCGUUCUAAAGCGCCUUUCGGCAAACAAUCUUCCACUAAAUCCAUCACAAUGUAUAGUAAAUUGGUAGUGCUUGCAAGUUUGAUUGCAGUAGCUCUGGCUGCUCCACAGAAGCGUCUUCCGAUCGGUUCCCUCGAGUCGCAAGCAGUCAUCCUGUCUCAGGAUCAGAACAUUGAGCCUAGUGGAGCGUACAACUAUCGGUACGAGACUAGCAAUGGGAUAAAGGCACAACAAUCCAGUUAUGACGGUGCCAAUGGGGCUGGCGAGUAUUCAUACACGGGUCCGGAUGGUGUCCUGUAUCGGGUAGUUUACAGUGCUGACACUUACGGAUUCCAGCCCCAAGGAGCUCAUCUGCCAGUGGAGCCUCCAGUGCCCGAUCACGUUCUCAAAGGACUGGAAGAUAUACGCCGUAGCCCGCCAAAGGACCCUGAAUUUAGUCUGACUGCUCUGGAUGCACAAAUUGCACGGCUUCGGGCCACCCUUGGUUAACGAACCGAGGCCAAAAAAGCGGAAUUUACCAUCAUCUCUUUCGCUACAAAGCGGAAGAGAAAAAACCACUGAUUGUUAUUUAAUUUUGUGACAAUAAAUUAAAUUGCUUGAAA